UAUGCACAGACAGACCCGCAGAAAAACGGCUCUUCACCCAGUCUCUUUCCUCACUUUCUGUUUUCCUUCUUUAAAUCUCAAAUGUGUAGGGGACUGUCCCAUCUGCCGUCAUCAUGCUUGGAGAAGGCGAAGGUGAUGAGGGUAAAACUCAGUCACCUGGCAGAGAAACAGGAGUGGACUCACAAACACAGGGCUCACGAGGAGAAGAUCUUCCAGGACCUUGAAUCUCUGCUCAACAGCAAGAUGGGGCAGCAGGUGUUCCGCUGGUUCCUGCGCUCCGAGUUCAGCGAGGAGAACCUGGAGUUCUGGCUGGCCUGUGAGGAGUACCGGACCAGCCCCGGAGCCCAGCUGAACGUGAAAGCCCUGGGCAUCUACAGCCAGUUCAUCAACUCUGAGGCCCCUCAGGAGGUGAAUCUGGAUUCUGAAACCAAGGAGGCCCUUCACAGCAUGAUUGACGAGCCGAUGGCUGACACCUUUGACAAGGCCCAGCAACGUAUAUACGCCCUGAUGGCCAAGGACUCCUUCCCACGAUUCCUGCGCUCCUCCUACUGCCAGGAGGCGCUGAAGGCUCUGUGAAACAUCGCCCCCUGCAGUACUGGAGGACACAGCCGCCUGCCUAUUCACUAUGCUCCCAACAAGUGCUUGUGGCUGGAAUAAUGAUUAAUGUAAUCUCUGCAAGCACAAAGCCCACAUGUGCACCACAUUAGUCUAUGGAAAUUUCAAAUAAAAGUCAGGAAGCAAUGUGUUUGUGGUGGUCGCAGUAAUCUUAGUUUUGUUGCUAUUUUUGUCUGCUUGUCCUCAUUUAGUGAAUUAGACCUUUGCCCUGCUGCUAAUGCGAAUGAAGAAAUGUUGAGCAUGUUGUCCUUUCCUUGACGUUUGAAUUGAGGUAUAAAUCAUGGCUUUACCAUUGACGUAGUGAAUGUAUGGACCUUCAGUUAUGAGCGCACUGAAUCGGCAAUUGAAAUCAAAUUUAGAUGUCAGCACAGUCAGAAUAAGCCAAUGUGGUUUCCAGAUAACCUAUCCUAAAUACCUCACUAAAUGUCCAUGCUUCUCUGAUCUCUCAUUCUUCUCUGUUUACAUUCAAAGAAUAUCUUUGCCAAUCCUCUGUGUGUUCUGUAAAUUGUGUUGUUGUAUUGGCUGUGCAAAUGCAGGCGAAUAAAGACUAAAAGUGUACACGA